AUGAACUGGCUUCUGCGCUUGUCGUUUCCGAGCCGCAAGCCCGGCGCGGUCACCUCGACCCGAGGUCGGCUCUUUGUGUACUUGGCUCUGACGGCGAUAGUCUUGCUGUUUUCGUAUCAGCUGGUUCUGAACCGCGAAUCUUUCAGUUCGGAUCUGAGAUGGGCCGUGGGCAAUGGCUUGAAGCCGCCCGUGGACUAUGUCGUCCCUGUCCCUGAGACGCCCCGCGAGGGGGAGCAGCUUCAGGAGCAGUCUGAUGAUAUGCCUCUGGAACCCCCCGAGCAGCAGUCGGAGGAGGAACCCGUGAAGCAGCAGGAGACGUACCCGUUUCGUGAGAAAGAGCUGGUGCUGGCUGCCAUGAGCACAAGCAAUAUGUCCUGGGUGGAGGACCAUGUGCCCCAGUGGCACCCCAAUAUCUAUCGCGCGGAUGUGCCUCCUGGAGAGGCUGACUUGACCGUCCCUGCUAAUAAAGGCAAUGAGGCGAUGGUCUUUUUAACUUAUAUAAUCGAUCGCUACGAAACCCUCCCCAGUAUAGUGGCCUUCAUGCAUGGCGGUCGAUAUCAGUGGCACAACGAUAAUCCAUUAUAUGACUCUGUCAUUUCCAUGAAUGAUCUCCAACUCGACUACGUCCGCGAAGCCGGGUAUGUCAACCUACGCUGCUCCUGGGUAAUUGGCUGCCCGGUUGAACUCGAGCCAGCACGCUAUUUACGUGAGCGCCCCGAGGAUGAAGGGCAUCCGACCGCACUCGAGUUCCCGGACCGCUUUCUGGAGCUCUUCCCCGGCGAGGAGCUACCGGAAGUGGUGGGCACCGCAUGUUGCAGCCAAUUCGCGGUGUCGCGGGAGAAGAUCCAGGAGCGUGGCGUCGAGCAUUACAUACGAUAUCGGCAGUUUUUGAUCGACACUAAAUUGGGAUCGGAAAUCAGUGGGCGGAUUUUUGAAUACGUGUGGCACAUCAUGUUCGGGAAGCCGGCACAACACUGUCCGGACCCGCGCGAUUGCUACUGCCGUACAUACGGGUAUUGCAAUAUGACCGAAGAAGAGCUGCAAAAGCAGUGGGAGUGGCGUGGCUUGGCUUUACCGGAAGGGUGGCCCGACGUCGACGAGUCGGCGGGAUUGCAGAAGAGAGGUGACCUCCCAUCUGUAGAAUACUGGCGGAAAUCAACAUCAAGACGAAUCUAG